UGACAUAAGUGUGAUUAGUCUUAUAGAUCAAAGGAUUGCAAUGAAAAUCCAAAUCGUGGAGAAUGGAAGAAAUUACUUCAAGCUCUAUUUACCCUAACAUUAUAUUUGCUGAGUAUAUGGAAAAAAAGAAAUAAAAUUAAUGUAUGUUGUGAAUGUAGCAAAAUUAAAAAGCAAUUUUAGGCACAAUGAUUACGCUUAAUAAAAAAAUCAAGAAGCAAGGACCAGAUACCACUAACGGGGUUACAAGUGAAGCUGGUAAAAGAAUCUCUAUCAGAGAUAAAUUGCUGAUAAAAGAGGUUCAGGAGAUGAAUGAAAACCUUCCAACCACUUGCUCCGUGGAGUUCGAAGACCCUAAUGUUUUGAAUGAAUUUAUAUUAACAGUGGAGCCUGAUGAGGGCUAUUGGGAAAGUGGAAAAUUUAAAUUCAGUGUGUUUGUUACAGAGGAUUAUAAUAUGGCGCCACCAAAAGUAAAAUGUUUGACGCGUCUCUGGCAUCCAAAUAUUAAUGUAGAUGGUGAUAUAUGUCUCUCUCUACUUAGACAAACAUCUAUAGAUGAACAUGGUUGGGCACCUACAAGGAGAUUAAAGGAUGUGGUGUGGGGACUUAAUUCACUAUUUACUGAUCUCCUUAAUUUUGAUGAUCCUCUCAAUUUAGAGGCAGCGGAAAUGUACAAAAAAGACAAAGUUGAAUUCCAAGGUAAAGUGCAAGAGUACAUUGCAGUGAAUAAGGGGAAAAGAUGAGACAUGGCUUGCCUCAGUUGUUGUAAUAAUAACAAUUAGGACUUGAAUACUCAACGUGAUAUCCUUGUGUAAUGUGCUAGUGCUUGUACAUACCUGUUUUAAAUGUAAAAUUUUAAAGUGCUAUGAAUUUGGUAUAUUUCUUUAUUUAGUUAUGUACAUUCUGUUUAAGUUCAUAUUAGUGUAAAAAAUUUCAAUAAAAUAAAUAGAAUUCUUUAAUGGA